CUUAAAAUCAAAACUGUAGGGUUUCAGUGCGAACUCUUUCUUCUUCAAGCCGAGAACGAAAAACCCUAACCUCUCAAUUCAGAUUCUGCAACCAUGAGUCGGUCAGGCCAGCCUCCGGAUCUCAAGAAGUAUAUGGAUAAGAAGCUCCAAAUCAAGCUUAAUGCUAACAGAAUGGUGACUGGAACACUUCGUGGGUUUGACCAGUUCAUGAAUCUUGUUGUGGAUAACACUGUUGAGGUGAACGGUAAUGACAAAACCGACAUUGGGAUGGUGGUGAUUAGAGGAAACAGCAUUGUCACUGUUGAAGCUCUUGAACCAGUGGGCAGAUCUUCUUAGCUCGGUGUAUGCAUUGGUAAUCAUCUUUUUUGUGUUCUAAGCACUAGCUUUGAGAAAAUUUGGUGGUAGAUUCGCAGUUACUAUGAACUGAUUCUGUAAGAAGUCUACAUGAAUACUCUUUCUUGUACUAAAAAGAUUGCAAUGAUCCCCACCGAUGUGAUGACUUGUGCUUUUACUCUGGAUAACAAUGCUUAAACCUCUAAUAUCAUCUCUUAAGCUUGGUA